AUGCGCAUCGAAGAACAUGUAGAAUCAGAGCAUCUUGAGCAAUCAUUCUCACACGGGUACGAAAGGCCUCGCGGCAAGAAGAUGGCCGACAUCCUUGGCGUAGUGGCGAUCAUCUUCUUUUAUGUGCUGAUUCUUGUCGUGGGGGUAUGGGCCGGACGCAAGUCAAAGUCGGCCAAAGAAUGUAUUGGCACCGAAGGCGCUCACACGGAAGAAGUGAUGUUAGCCGGGAGAAACAUCGGCACGUUGGUCGGCAUUUUCACAAUGACAGCCAGCGUGGGCCGAGCGACGUCGGCGAUCAUCUCGGCCAACGUGGUCCAAAAAGACAUUAACUUUCGUGCUUCGCCGACAGCGCCUGUUGACAUCCCCGGAAUCACUGGUCCGUAUCCUAUUCUUCUGGGAGAGGGACGCGCGAGUGUAUCGUUCCCAUUCCGCACCGAUUCCCUACUUCCUCGAUCUAUUGAAGCGCAGCAAUACUCAAAGACUGGAGGGCUCUUGCCGAGGAGAGGAGGAUCGCAAUUAUAUGGUAUCAGGCUGGCAAUGCGCUUGGAUGGAGGAGGGUAUGAAUAG